CCCCCAUCAGACUCUGGUCUGGGACCUGAGACUGCUCAGACGCCCGGUUCUGAGCGUCUCCCCGCCGAGCUCCUUCUUCGACGUUCCCAGCAGGCUCCCCCGGGGCCUCUGCCCUGCAAGCUGUGGGGUCUAGAGGGCCUACCUCUUAGGGCAUCGCCUCUGUGUUCUCGAACCGCACAUCCCGGAAGUCCUCCUCUCACACGGAGACUGCCGCUGGGGCCAUGGGGGACCGCGGGGGGUACAGGAACCCCACGGAGGUGCAGAUGAGCCAGCUGGUACUGCCUUGCCACACCAACCAGCGUGGCGAGCUGAGUGUCGGGCAGCUGCUCAAAUGGAUCGACACCACCGCCUGCCUGUCCGCCGAGAGGCACGCUGGCUGCCCGUGCGUCACCGCUUCCAUGGACGAUAUCUAUUUUGAGCACACCAUUAGUGUCGGACAAGUGGUGAAUAUCAAGGCCAAGGUGAACCGGGCCUUCAAUUCCAGCAUGGAGGUGGGCAUCCAGGUGGCCUCUGAGGACCUGUGCUCUGAGAAGCAAUGGACUGUGUGCAAGGCCUUGGCCACCUUUGUGGCCCAUCGGGAGCUCUCCAAGGUGAAGCUGAAGCAGACUACGCCAUGCACAGAGGAGGAGAAAACAGAGCACAGUGUGGCUGCCGAGCGCCGGCGCAUGCGGCUGCUGUAUGCGGACACCAUGAAGGACCUUCUGGCCAACUGCGUCAUUCAGGACGAUCUGGAGAGUAGAGACUGCAGCUGCACGGUACCGGCAGAAAAAACCCGUGUGGAAAGCGUGGAGCUGGUCCUGCCCCCCCAUGCCAAUCACCAAGGCAAUACCUUUGGGGGCCAGAUCAUGGCCUGGAUGGAGAACGUGGCCACCAUCGCAGCCAGCCGGCUGUGCCGUGCCCACCCUACGCUGAAGGCCAUUGAGAUGUUCCACUUCCGGGGCCCCUCCCAGGUUGGGGACCGCCUGGUGCUCAAGGCCAUCGUGAACAACGCCUUCAAGCAUAGCAUGGAGGUGGGCGUGUGCGUGGAAGCUUACCGCCAGGAGGCUGAGAGCCAUCGGCGGCACAUCAACAGUGCCUUCAUGACCUUCGUGGUCCUGGACGCGGAUGACCAGCCUCGGACACUGCCCUGGAUUCGUCCCCAGCCGGGGGAUGGCGAGCGGCGCUAUCGAGAGGCUAGCGCCAGGAAGAAGAUCCGGCUGGACAGGAAGUACAUCGUAUCCUGUAAACAGGCAGAAAUGCCCCUCUCUGUCCCCUGGGACCCUAGCAACCAGGUCUACCUGAGCUACAACAACGUCUCCUCCCUGAAGAUGCUGGUGGCCAAGGACAACUGGGUGCUGUCUUCUGAGAUCAACCAGGUCCGCCUGUACACUCUGGAGGAAGACAAGUUCCUGUCCUUUCACAUGGAGAUGUUGGUGCAUGUGGAUGCCACCCAGGCCUUCUUGCUGCUCUCGGACCUGCUUCGGAGGCCCGAGUGGGACAAGCACUACCGGAACGUGGAGCUCGUGCAGCAGGUGGACGAGGACGACGCCAUCUACCAUGUCAUCAGCCCUGUCCUCGGCGGCGAUGCCAAGCCCCAGGACUUUGUGAUCCUGGCCUCUCGGCGGAAGCCUUGUGACAAUGGGGACCCCUACAUCAUCGCACUGAGGUCAGUUACACUGCCUACACACCCUGAGACGCCAGCAUACAGGCGCGGGGAGACCCUCUGCUCCGGUUUCUGCUUCUGGCGAGAGGGGGACCAGCUGACCAAGGUGUCCUACUACAACCAGGCAACCCCAGGCUUUCUCAACUAUGUGACCACCAAUGUGGCUGGUCUCUCCUCGGAGUUCUACACCACCUUCAAGGCCUGUGAGCAGUUCCUGUUGGACAACCGGAGUGAUCUGGCCCCCAGCCUCCAGACCCUCUAGCCCCUGCCCCACAGUG